AUGUCGGUGGAGAAUAAUGGAAAGGCAAGCUCAUCUCCGACACAAAAACGUGAUAACAACAAUUCUGAUAGUGAAUCAGAUGCGAAUAAUGAUCAUCUAAUUGGAAACGUUCAACGUAUUGCGAUCAUUCCACCGAAUUACGAAGGAAAACCGAAGAAGGGACAUCUUAUUUUCGAUGCUUCAUUUGAGUGUGGUAAUCUUGGUCGAGUUGAUUAUGUAAAUGACAAUGAGUACGAUCUGUUCAUUCGACCUGACACCUGCUGUCCACGAUUUCGAUGUUGGUUUUUAUUCACCGUCGAAAACGUCAAAGCGGACCAAAGAGUUAUUUUUCAUAUUGUUAAUUUCUCGAAAGCCAAAUCAUUGUAUCGUGAUGGAAUGACGCCGAUAGUGAAAUCGACAAGUCGUAAACGAUGGCAACGCUUACCCACACGCAAUGUCUUCUACUAUCGUUGCCCUGAUCAUCGGAAGAAUUACGUGAUGUCGUUUACGUUCUGUUUUGAUCGUGAAGAUGAUGUUUAUCAAUUCGCUUAUUCAUUUCCAUAUACAUACACGAAACUGCAAAACUAUCUCGAAAAUAUCGAACAACGUCAGUUAGAUUAUGUUCAACGUCGGCCAUUGGUUUACAGCGUGCAAAAGCGUCGGCUCGAUCUUCUGACUGUAGCCAAUCCGGCAUUGCUAGUAAAAGGCAAACGAAAGAAAGUUGUCAUUCUGACAGCUCGUGUACAUCCAGGUGAAACACCAUCAUCCUACGUUUGUCAAGGUUUCAUUGAUUUUAUCAUCAGUGAUCAUCCGAUUGCCCGACUCUUACGAGAUAAUAUUGUUUUUUACAUUGUACCCAUGCUGAAUCCCGAUGGCGUUUUUCUCGGAAAUCAGAGAUGCUCAUUACUUGGUUUUGAUCUUAAUCGUGUUUGGAACGAUCCCUCCCAUUGGGCACAUCCGGAGAUUUAUGGGAUUAAAACACAUAUAAUGAACUUAAACGAAGAUGCCGAUUUUGAAUUGGAUUUUUUCAUUGAUAUUCACGCUCAUUCAACAAUGAUGAACGGCUUUAUGUAUGGAAAUGUUUACGAAGAUACGACACGCUUUGAAAAGCACGGUAUCUUUCCUCGUUUAUUCUCUCGAAAUGCCGAAGAUUUCUCGAUCAAUAACACGACAUUUAAUCGCGAUGCAUUCAAAGCUGGAACCGGUCGACGAACACUUGGUGGUUGUCUCCAAGAAAGUACACAUUGCUACACGUUAGAAGUCUCGUUUUUCUCCUAUCAAACCUCGGCCAACUCACAAGCGAUACCUUACACGGAAGAAUUAUAUCAACAAUUAGGAAGAAAUUUAGCUCGAACAUUUCUGGACUAUUAUAAGAGUAUUAAUUAUAUUUCAUGGUCGCCCAGUUGUAGUGUCAUGCCACGAUUGAAGGAAGAUCGAAUUAAAUCUCGUCUUACACGGCAAUCCACUAAUAUGCCAAUUGUCAAUCAAGAUGAGGCAUUUCUCAACGGUGAAUCAUUCAAUUUAUGUAUGGGAGAGUUUAUCUAUCCGCAAACACGCAAUACGACGAAUAAUGACAAUGAACCUGAAUAG